AUGAACGAGAUGUCGUCAACCAGUCCGCGCAAGUCAAUUGACAGUCUGGCGUCUGUGGCAUCCUCGCCAUCACUUUCACAUUAUCCAACAGGCCAGUUGGAGUCUCCGCGCGUGCCUUCUCAGCGGAACCCCCUGAGGAGGGGAUCUACAGCGAGCUCGAUUGUCAGCAUCGGAGGGGUUUUGGACUCCUCCAACUACAAUGGCUCCAUUGUAGAGUCCGAUCAAAAUGCCAUUUCAACCCUCCUCCAACCGCCGAUCGUUCGCACCGGCUUGACGGCACAUACGUCCGUCUCGUCUACUGGAUACAAACCUCCGUCGACUCGCGAUAUCCCCCCGGUAACUUUGACGAACAUCACCCACGUGGACUCGAAGGCUUUCCAACCAUACCUCUCACAAGUGGGUUCGCUGUAUGAUGUGUUUCAACAGUCAAAAGAGAAUGGCGUGGAAGAUCCCCAGUUGGCGCAGGGCGCCAAAUCGCCCAAGCCCGAUGAAGUUGACACAUUGAUGCCAUGGUCACCGGAGCGAAGAUCAUCCUUCAUGUCGACUAGUUCGCGACCGACAUCCCCCUAUGGUCAUCGAAGUCAUCGCUCCUCCGGGGCCCGCCGCGGGCCAGGUGUAACACCUCUUUCCACAAUCCCGCCAGUUUAUUUCGAAGAGGACUUUCGCCUGGAGAAUCCUCGCACCUUCGAUGUGAUAUCGGAGAAAUCGGAGGUGGUCCGACCACCAAGGCCGCCUGUAAAAGAUGACAAGCACGCCGGUGGUAUAACCGCCCUGCCUGCCCAAACGGGACGGAAAGCACUUGCGACCAAUGCUAUUCUUCAAGAGAAGCUCUCAUGGUACAUGGAUACUGUGGAGAUUCAUCUCAUCUCAUCCAUUUCCACUGCAUCCAAAUCGUUCUUUACUGCUCUUGGCUCACUGCGGGAGUUGCAUGCCGAAGCGGCCGAUUCAGUCGAACGGAUACAGGUUCUGAGGAGAGAUUUGCAGAAAAUCGACAAGGAGAUGGCACUGGGUGGCCUCAAAAUCGUGAACUUGAGACGGCGAAGAGAAAAUGUGAGAAUGCUGGCAGCUGCUGUGGCGCAGCUCCGUGAUGUGGUCGAGUCGGUGGCUCGAUGCGAAGAGUUGGUGGAGCAGGGGGACAUCGAGGAAGCCACAGAUGGUCUCGAAGAUGUGGAAAAUUUGAUGGCUGGGGAGAAAGUAUCUGAUCGUCGCACCGAAGAGGGCGACGGCGAUAUCCCACGACGAGCCAUUGAUCUCCGAAGGAUCAAGGCACUUGAAGGGGCAUCUGAAGACCUUGCACAGCUGCGGCACCGCAUUGGAAUAGGUUAUGAGACUCGGUUCUUGAAUGAUCUUCUGGAAGACUUGCGACAGCAUGUCCAAAACGUGCCAUCUGACCUUACGUUGCAGCGUUGGGGAUAUUCAUUUCAACGACAACGCGGUAGCCACCGUUCUGGGGUAUCAGUGUCUCCAACUUAUAUGAACUUCGACAAGGAACUGCGAUCCAGAUUACACAACCAGCUUACGGGUCUCGCGCGUGCUCGCUACACCACACCCGCGGCAACUUCGUUCAAGACAGCUGUCUUGCGAGAAAUGAAAGGACUGAUUCGAAAACACCUACCCAGCUCUAGUGACGAUGACAACGAAUCGAUGGUGUCGGUAUCCACGCAUGGCGAGCGCCAGCGUAGCCAACAAGACAAAUCGUCUAGUCUUGCGCGUAACCUUCGUGCUCUUGACGCAGAGGACGCCUACAAGAUGCUGGUAGACAUAUACAGUGGAAUCAGCGAAUCUUUGCGGCGACUUAGCGUACAAGUCAAGGUUCUUCUGGAUAUCGCCAGCGGUCUUGGAAGUUCCCCGGUUGCUGGUAGGAAAUCACCGCGCAGCCCCAAUCCUCAGAGUAUUGAUCAGGCAGCGAAAUCACCAGAGACAGGGCCAACGGCUUCCGCGAUGGCUCAGGAUGAGAUUCUACAGGUUUUGGAUAUGUCGAGUCUUUUGGGUCAAGCGGUUGAUAUCGCUCAGUCGCAAAUCAUAAAGGUCCUGAAAGUUCGGUCUGAACAGACGAAUCAGCUUUCCAAGGAGGAUUUCCUGAAAUACUUCACGCUCAAUCGCCUUUUCGCUGACGAAUGCGAGGCAAUUUCUGGGCGAAGCGGCACUGCGCUCAAGAAUAUCGUUGGUAACCAGAUUCGCGAUUUUAUCACUCGGUUUGGCGAUGGACAGAGGCACCGUAUUGUCAAAGUCAUGGAUGCCGACCGUUGGGACGCACGAGACUUUGGAGAUCCUGAAAUCGAUAUCUUGUCCCGAAUCCUCGAUGCCAGCACCAAGGAUAUUGAGACUUGGGUGGAGGUUUCUAAGAUCUGGACCUCAGAUGGCGAGAACAAGCAAGUCAAUGCCGCUGAAGCCGAUACCACUGUGAAUGGUGGGGCGAACAAGGACAAGGUGCGCGGUGCCGUGAUCGAUGAGCAGAAGUACAUUCUGCCUGACUCGGCUGUGGCAAUUAUGCGCAGUAUCGAGGAGUUCGAGUUUCUCAUGACAAACAUUCCCAGCAUGAUCCAAGAUAUCGCUCCGCAUCUGCUGGAAAUUCUUAAGCUGUUCAACUCGCGGUCAUCCCAGCUGAUUCUUGGUGCGGGCGCCACGCGCAGCGCGGGUCUAAAGAACAUUACCACCAAGCAUCUUGCUCUGUCUUCGCAGGCGCUGAGUUUCGUCGUUGCACUGGUCCCAUAUGUCCGGGAGUUUAUCCGGCGCCACGGACAAGCCCACCAAAUGAUGGCAGAGUUUGACAAAGUCAAGCGACUUUGUCAGGAGCACCAAACCGGUAUCCACGAAAAACUGGUUGACAUUAUGAGCUCACGCUCCUCGGUUCAUGUCACUGCUAUGAAGAAGAUCGACUGGGAUGCCGACACGUCCACGGGCGUUCAUCCUUACAUGGAAACACUGGCGAGGGAGACUGGUACUUUGCACCGAGUUUUAAGCAAGCAUCUGCCAGACAUGACCGUCAAUAUGAUCAUGGGACCUGUGUUCAACAAUUACCGAGAGCAGUGGGCCAAGGCGUUUGAUGAAGCAAGCGUGCAGUCAGAGACCGGGAAGAAGCGAAUGGAAGAUGAUGUCGAACACUUCCGGACCAAGCUGGGCAAAAUCGACGAAGGUGCCAGUGGUGUGGGCGACAAGCUGCGCGAGGUCGUCCAGGCCAAAACAAUUAUUUCCACUGCCAGCGAAACAGACAAACCGGAGUCCUCGAGUGAAAAUCAGGAGCAGCCUAAGGGCGGCUCAGAAUCGACCGAGUCAUGA